AGAAGAGAGAGAGAGGAAUUACUAUUGAUUCAGUAUUCGCUUCACUGUGAGUGGAGAGUAAAGACUGACAUGACAAAGGGGAUGAUGGGGAAGAAGGGAAGCGCCACCGAAUUUUACGCUCUCCUUUCGCUCCUCCUACUAUUAAUUUAAUUCGCCACUCUCCCUCGGAUUCCUCCCAUCUCGCUUUGAACUCCAAAAACCCGCGCUCUCUCCCCCUCCUCACAUUCUCUCUCUCUCUCUCUCCCUCUCUUUUAUCUCUGACGUCUGACGAAGGAGCAGCAACCUCCGGGCGACACCUGAUCUCCACCUGUUUCUCAUCCGAUAGAAGAAAAGACAGCCUGGAUGGAGCCAAUGAAUGAACCCAAGACGCUGGAGAGGACAGAAUACUGAUGCGGGUGAUGGGUUCCUACGACAGCUGUAAAAUUAGAACCAUGCACAAAAGCAGACACAUCGUUACAUGGACUCCAGAGGAAGAUGAAAUUCUGCGGGAACAGAUCAGAAUACGUGGAACUGAAAGCUGGAAGGACAUUGCGGCAAAUUUCAGGAAUAAGACAAGCAGGCAAUGCAGAAGACGGUGGUAUGCAUAUUUAACUUCAGAUUGUAAAAAGGGUGGAUGGUCCGAAGAAGAAGACAGGCUUUUGUGUGAGGCACAGAAAAUGUAUGGGAACAAGUGGACAGAGAUAGCAAAAGUGGUUUCAGGCAGGACAGACAAUGCUGUAAAAAAUCGAUUCACCACACUCUGCAAAAAAAGAGCUAAAUAUGAAACUUCCAUAAAGGAGAACCAGGGCAUUCUUAUCAAUUCAAACCACGGUCCAUUCAUGCUUCCGAACCAACAAGGUGCUGCAUACGAAUCUUAUACAACACUGCCACUUGACAGAAUCAGGAUCGUGGAGGAGAUGUCUGCUUUGCAUGGUUCACAUAAUGACACAAGAGGGAAAUCAAAAGGAACUUUUGGAUCUCAACAUCAGAAGAUGCAGAACAUAAGGUCCCCCCUUGGUGCCCUGGACCUGAACAAUCUGGGCAAGUUUCCAACCUUGAAUAUCAAAGAAAUGGAAGGCCAACCACAUAAAGUUGCAACUUCCAGUAAAGCCCAAGGGAUUUUCCUUAGGAAGGAUGACCCUAAAGUCACUGCUUUGAUGCAACAAGCAGAACUAUUAAGCUCCCUUGCAAUAAAAGUUAAUGCCGAGUGCUCAGAGAAAAGCCUUGAAGAUGCAUGGAAGGAACUACAAGAGUUUCUGCAGCAAAAUAAAGAAAAUGGGAACCCCUAUUGCAAGUUUGAUGAUAUGGACUUACACUUUGAAGAUUUCAAGGAAUUAGUAGAAGACCUAAAGAAUGGUAACUUACAAUUGGACUCAGACUCGAGCAACCAUCUGGAAAGUCAGAUGCCUUGGAGUUUCAGGGAGUAUGAAAUGCACACAGAUUCUCAAGUCAGCUCUGACUGCAGCAUUGGGUCACACGUCUCUUAUCCUGCACUGGAUGAACUAGAGCAGUAUCAGACUUGUUCUCUAAAUAUCAUUUGCCAGUCAAGUUGCAAUCAUCAGCAAGAUGGUCAGGUUGGUGCUAAUGAAAAUGGGUGCUCAACGGAGGCCAUUGAGAUUGAAGCCUCCUACAUGUCAUCUACUACAAAAUUGAAGGGAGAGGCUUCCGUAUCUUUAAAUAGGGAGUUUUGUUCCCCUCUUCAAAGUAUCCCAUUCUUGCGCUCGUAUGCUGAUGGAAUUCCAACUCCGGAGUUCUCAGCCAGUGAAAGGAGAUUCCUACUUAGAACGCUUGGGGUCACAUCGCCAUCACCAGCAUCAAAAGCUCCAUUGCUGCCACAGCCUUCUCAGAGGUCCACUCCUCCAUGCCGAAGGGCACUCCUCCAUAAUUUCUGAGUCCCUUUCCGUUUCCUACCAUCGUAAUGGCCAGCAGCAUCGUCCCUCUGGUGCUUAUUUUAGACAUCCCUAUGUGCUCUCGUUGGGUGUCAUCAGCUAUUUCAUUGGGUCUGGUUGGGUACUCGUAUACGAAGAACCUACCCCACAUCUCUUUAUCGUGCUUCUUGUACAUACCAUAUUAUACAAAAAAUAUAUGGCGUCUCUCUUCGAGUGUAUCAGUUUCUUUCAUUCGUCGGCAUUUCAGAUGAGAAGGUGAAGACAAUAACAGAGGAUCAGCGGAUAAAGUAAGGAUCUCUCUUUGUCUUGACGAGUUUUGCAGCUUAUGUAAAAUAGUAGUGAAAGGGAAGUCAUUGAUGUUGGUGCUGUUUUAUGAGGCAAAUGUGGCCCCUGCUUUCUAUCAGAACUGUAAUAUGUGUGUAUACAUGUUUCUGUAUCUUUGUCUCUGUGGUUAAGGAGAAGUGGCUUUAUUUUGUUACCUA